AUCGAGCAGUUCCAGACGGAAAAUGGAGUCCUCCUGCCUUCCCUGCAGUCGGCCCUGCCCUUCCUGGACCUGCACGGCACCCCCAGGCUCGAGUUUCACCAGUCCGUGUUCGACGAGCUCAGGGAGAAACUGCUGGAGAGAGUCUCGGCCAUUGCUUUGGAAGGGAAAGUCGAGGAAAGAUACAAGAAGCUGGAAGAUCUCCUAGAGAAGAGCUUUUCCCUGGUCAAGAUGCCUUCUAUACAGCCUGUUGUAAUGUGUGUCAUGAAGCAUUUGCCCAAGGUCCCUGAAAAGAAGCUGAAGUUAGUAAUGGCAGAUAAGGAUUUGUAUAAAGCAUGUGCUGUGGAGGUAAAGCGCCAGAUCUGGCAGGAUAACCAAGCCCUGUUUGGUGAUGAAGUAUCUCCACUGCUGAAGCAAUACAUCCUGGAGAAAGAGAAUAUUCUCUUCAGCAACGAUAUUUCUGUCUUGCACAACUUCUUCAGCCCAUCUCCCAAAACAAGACGUCAGGGAGAGGUGGUUCAGAAGCUGACCCAGAUGAUUGGGAAGAACGUGAAGCUCUAUGAUAUGGUGUUACAGUUUCUGAGAACUUUGUUCCUUCGGACAAGGAAUGUUCAUUACUGCACGCUACGGGCAGAGCUCUUGAUGUCGCUGCAUGACCUGGACAUCAGUGAAAUCUGCACCGUUGACCCAUGUCAUAAGUUCACCUGGUGCCUUGAUGCCUGCAUUCGGGAGAAGUUUGUGGACAACAAGAGAGCUAGGGAAUUGCAAGGGUUUCUUGACGGAGUGAAGAAAGGACAGGAACAAGUGCUGGGAGACUUAUCCAUGAUUUUAUGUGAUCCCUUUGCCAUUAACACCUUAGCCUUGAGUACCAUAAGGCACCUACAAGACCUGGUUGGGCAGGACACCUUACCCAGGGAAAGCCCAGAUCUGCUGCUGCUCCUUAGGAUGCUGUCUCUAGGACAGGGGGCCUGGGACAUGAUUGACAGCCAAGUCUUCAAGGAACCAAAAAUGGAAGCUGAGUUGAUCACCAAGUUCUUACCUAUGCUGAUGUCUUUCGUGGUGGACGACCACACGUUCAAUGUAGAUCAGAAACUGCCCUCAGAAGAGAAGGGGCCAAUUCCCUACCCCAGCACGAUCCCUGAAGCUUUCACCAAAUUCUUGCAGGAGAACAGAAUAGCUUGUGAGAUUGGGCUAUAUUACAUCCUUCAUAUCACUAAACAGCGGAACAAGAAUGCUUUCCUUAGGCUUCUGCCAGCACUAGUUGAGACGUUCAGUGACUUGGCCUUCAGUGAUGUUUUUCUUCAUCUGCUCACUGGUAAUCUCACGCUGCUGGGUGAUGAAUUUGCACUUGAGGAGUUCUGCACCAGUCUCUUUGAUGGCUUCUUUCUCACUGCCUGCUCAAGGAAGGAGAAUGUACAUAGACAUGUCCUAAGACUGCUGCUUCAUCUCCAUCACAAAGUGGCUCCUGCCAAGUUAGAAUCUCUCCAGAAGGCUUUGGAACCCACCAAGCAGAGUGGAGAAGCCGUGAAGGAGCUUUAUAACCAACUCACGGAAAAACUGGAGCUUCGCAAGCCUAGUCCAGCUGAAGUGACUGAGACUCCCUCCAUGGAACUGCCCUUGCCUGCUGUGCCCACACCAGCCUCACGCUGAGCUCUGGCUGCAGUGCAAGAGAGAGAGGAGAAGAACUAACCUAGUGCCCUGCAGUAUGAAGGCAUUGUGCUGCCUUGUCAAGUGUCUCUGCCUACAGGGUGAAAACUAGAAAAAGCCACUGAAGCUCUUUCAGGAAACACUGCAGAUUGCCCUACCCACUGGCUCUGACUGGUUAGAAAACUCUGUAUGCAGCGCGUUGCAAAGGUUUACUUAAAGAUAGCUGAGUGUUUUUCUUGUAGAUCCACUUAAAUCUGACUGUACUUUUUUUUUUUUCCCCAAAAAGAAAAGGUGUAUUUUUAAGCUUGGUAUCUUGUAUUUUUAAACACAAUUUUAUGAACUGAUAAACGAGUGCUGACCUCCAUUUUGAAUGAGCAGAUAGUUCAGGUAAGCAUAGUUUUCCCCUGGCUGUUAGUUUGCUUCUCUGAGUCUUUAGAGAGGCUUAGCAGAACGGUAUGUCAGAGAAGGUUACCUCCACUGCUGUAAUUUCCUAUUUCAUGUUCUAGCGCUUUUGGUACGUGGUAAAAUGUGCUGCUUUAAAUUCAAAUGCACCAACAGCUGUCACUAGACCAAGAAGCACUGAGCAGCCAUCUUCUCAGCUAGGCUGAGAAGAAGGACCUUUUAUGAAGAAGGUCAGAAACUGAAUCAUUCUCUCACCUUCCUUUUUCUCCACUUUUCCCCAAAGAAGUAGCUUGAAAUUAAUCUUGGAGCCACUGAAGAAAAUAAAAGCUAACACGUUCCCUAAUGGCAAUAGGGCUUGAGUGUAGGCAGAAUGAAAUUCUGUCUUUGAAAAAACAGCCUGUUCUUCUUGUCUCAUCUGUAUUGCUCUCUGUAAUGUUACAGUUAGUUUUUUUUCUGCUGUCUCAGCGUAAGCCUCAGGCAGAGCGUGCAAGGAAGAUGGGCAGGAGAGGAGAGUAAGUAACGUGAGUUUACAGGGGACUUGCGUCGACUUCUGCAGAUGUGAUGAACCUGGAAAGAACAUCUGUCCAAUCCUCUAUAACCAGGAAGCUGUCUACAUUUCAAUCACAGAAUAAUUUAGGUUAGAAGACCUCUCUGAAAGUCUCUAGUCCAACCCUUGCCUCAGAGCAGGGCCAAACUACAUUAGGUCGCUCAAGGGCAGAACUCUGCAUUUGCCUUUGAGCUUUAUGAAGAUUUUGUCAGCCCAUUUCUCCAGCCUGUUGAGGUCUCUCUGAAUAGCAGCCCUGCCCUCCACUGUAUCAACCACUCCCAGGGUUUGGUAUCACCUGCAAACUUGCUGAGGAUGUGUUCUGUCUUCAGAUUGUUAAUAGAGGCAUUAAGUAAUAUUAGCCCCAAACUGACGCCUGAGGAAUGCCCCUAGUGACUAGCUGUCAGUUGGACUCUCCUAUUAAUCACAACCCUUUGAGCCAGGUGGUCCUGCCAGUUUUCUAUGCACUUAUCCAAACUGUAGUUCAACAAUUUGGCUAUAUGGAUUCUUCAGGCAGCUGCAUUUAAAGUCGGUGUAAACAAUAUCCACUGCUCUCCCCUCAUCCACCAAGCCAGGCAUCUCAUUGCAGGAGCUUAUCAGACAUGUCAGGCACAAAUGGCCCUUGGAACUUGCCUGUCCAUGCUGGCUGUGCCCAGUCACUUUCUUGUCCUUUGUGUUUUGGAUGUGGCUUCCAGGAUGUGCUUCGUAAUCUUCCCAGGAAAGGUUGUCCUGAUCUUAUAAAGCAUAUUUUUAUUUUCAUCGCUCCCUAUUUCUUGGGAUGUGAGUACUCCCAGUGCCCAGUCAUGUUGACGAGACUCUCCAGUCCUGAAGCUGUGUCAAAAAGAAACAGAAGCUAGUUAAGUAGAGGUGGAAAUCCUUUCCAGAUGCUGCUAACUUCCUUUUUGCAUGGUUUUCUUCUUUCUGAGAGCUCAAGUGCUUCAUAAGGAAAGUGAGUAUCAUCUGUCUUCAUCACCUCAGUGCCUUAUUUCUCCAUUUAUGCAGUGACUGGUGCAUUCUGUCCUUUGGGAGAAAUGAAGAAAGGCUGAGUUUCUGCCUGAGUCUAGGUCUCAGUCCCCUGUUCAGCAGUGCUGUGGUGUGCCUCAUCCCCAUUCUAGCUCCUGGGGUCAGUAUUGCCUUUGGCGGGCUCUGUGCAGCUCUGUCAUUGAACUCCUUGGAAACAGGAACUGGGUUUAACUGUCAUGUCUUUCUCUUGCAGAGUUUUGUUUUGUUUUUCUAACUGUUAAAACUGCCAUGGUAAUUUACGCAAACUAACAUCACACACUACUGGUGAACCUUUUGCAAUGGAGCUAUUCAAGCCCAUGUUUUGCUCAGACUCUGAGGUUAUUUCAACCUUGUGUCAGGGAUCCUUUCUGUCACAAAAGGUUUUCCUUAUGCUGCAGGCUGACCUUCUUUUAAUCCAGGCUUAAUCCAUGCAUGAUUUACUAUCCGCCAGGUAGGAAGACCUCUGGGUUUCAGCCUGUAUCUACAGUCCUGAGAGACAUGCUGGUGUUAAUUUUUCCAGGUUUUUAGAUUCACAACGAUGGCACAAAGAAAUUGAAUUCAAGAACACGAAGUGGCUGUUGCAUGGGCUGGUUGUGCUGGCGGUUGCUUCAGCUGAAGAGAGGAAAUCUGUAGGCAGUGGAAAAUGGGAGUGCUGCCACACUCGGUGCUCUCUUGGCCUAGCUUCUUGUAAAAUGGUGGAGUGAUAAGUUAGAGCAGACACAGAGUUUUCAGAAAACAAUGUGUUUUUUUAAGUCGGUCUAUUUCCAUUUAAAUUUAAAAUGAUCGGUUUCUGUCCUUUUUACACAGACUGAAAGGAGAAUGAUUUCACCCCAGUGGCAGAAAUUAUGUGGACUUCUGCUUUAUGGGUUAACCUCUGCAUAGCCUAAAGCAGGCUCCAGCUGUGGGCAGGAUGCUUGUUUUUCACCUGAUCUGGACUUCAGACAUCUCUGGGUACUUCUCUAGAGUUGCAGGGGGCUCACUCUUUUCUUCUGCUCUGAAUGCUCUUUUAUCAGAUUGUACUGUCCUGUGACAAAACCAGCAGGUGAAGUUCAUUUGGACCGUAGCAGGGAAUUCUUUUUUUUCUUUUUCCCCCUUUCACAGUGCCCGCCUGUGUAGCCCUUUGUGUUAAUGGUGUCAGCUGAGAUGCAGAGGAGAGCGUGCAGCAACUGUGCGCCGCUGUCGACGCACACUAGAGGGUAGCGCACACCUAACCGUUGCCUUGCCUUACUUGCCCUUAAAAUCCACUGCUGCUUAAAGUCCUUCCCAGUUUGGUGUGAAUUAGCUGGAAUUGCUCCCUAUUUAUGCUUGGAUGUGAUACCUGUGAUAUGGAAAAAUAGCCUAUUCUCGCCAAACCUGCAGUGCCUGACUGGACAAUGAAUUUUUACAAUGAAUUCUAACUAUAGUGAACAAUUUUGUCCUCUGAGUACUUUUUCCUGAAAGAUCACAGUAACUGAUAGUACAGAGAGGUUCUUCAAGC